CAACUAGGAACUACGUUUGCAGCAAAAGCUGAAAAGAAUUUCAUUUUGUCCAUUACUUAUGGAGGUAAGUAGUUUACGUACCCCACUCGGAAGUUGUUCCCCCGCGUGAAAAACUCAUGUAGUUCUUCGAAAAUUCCCAGCCAAAAUCAUGAAUGACUUGGACCGGGACUUUAGCGGCUUCCGCGGCCAUUGGGAGCCUCACUCUGCUUUAAUCGAUUUUUGCGAGCCAAACUAUGUCUGGACCCCAUACGUAGCGGAGUUCUGGAAUAGCGUGACAGCAGUCGGAAUGUUUCUCAUCGGGACAUGCUGUUACUUCUAUUGUUUGCCAGCAGCAGCAGCAGACCGACAGACCGUUGCUACAGGCGGAAAGCGUAAACCAGAUGUAGCAGAGGGCGGUGACGUGACCUCAACCCUAUUGACUCCGCGAAGGUUUAUAUGGGGAGCGUUUUGUCUACAAAGUCUUGGUUCAGCCGGAUUGCACAUGACACUCGGAAGGUGGUGGCAGAAGCUGGACGAGAUUCCCAUGAUGAUAUGUGCUUUAGCCUGCUUAUAUUCCCUCGAAAGCACAAGAAGCGCCCUGUUCGCGCAAUCCGGCACCAGCACGUUUAUGUUCACUAAAGGGGUGCCUCUACUGUUUUAGCAUCAGACAUUGAUAACAGCGCCUCUGCUGCAACAAGCUUUUUCGGUCGUGGAAGAGCGACUUUUGGAGAGCAAAAGGUGCCAAGGAAACAAAUUCUAAUGACAACGCUGGCGUCGAGAGUAGGAAUCGGCGGCUUUUAAUCGGGAUACUGUGUGCGGGCUUAGUUUUGUUGGUCGUGUAUGAGGUUUUCGAAUAUUUUGAGGCCUUCCAUGCGUUGUUCACGCCGAUCGAGUUCUACUGCUUAGGCCGCUGCGGUAACCUUUGCUACCUUGCUGGUCGAGAACCAAAGUCAGAUUUCAGUCGCAAGCUCCACCAGUUGUCAGCGUUUCGUCGCCUUGCGCUACCCGGUCUUGCGCUUUACGGCAUAGCGGUUUGUUGCUGGACAUUGGAGAUGCUUGCCUGUCCUUCAGUCCGGUUCCUCCACACACAUGCUUGGGCAUGGCACCUUCUCGUGGCGUUAGGCUUCAAUCGCGUUGCGCUGGCACUCGAGCUAGUGCGAUCGAGCGCUUCGGGAAAAGACCUGGAAAUACAAUGCCGCUGUUUCGGGACAAUACCGGUUUUGCGGGAUAAACGUCAGAAUUCUUCUGCUAAUGAGGAAGAUCAAGAUACUAAAGACGAUCAACCAGACAAUCCAUCUAAAAAGAAGAAUGAAGAUGGCCAGAAGCUGGAAACCCAGAAUGCCAUAAGGAGAAACCGGCGCAGUGACACGUCCCCUCGUGCUGCACGUAACAGAAGCAAAACGCCUAUAAUUUCGCGGAGAUCCUCGAUUGAUCAGAGCACUUCUAAUAGGACGAGAAUGAAGGACAAGAAAUCGUGAUACAAUUGGCAUACUAAGAUAACCCUUUGCACCAGAGGCAGGGAAGUUGACUAGUCCUGGCAUAAAACCAGGAGGGCAGUACGAGUGU